AUGUCGACCUAUCUAUCUAUCUAUCUAUCUAUCUAUCUAUCUAUCUAUCUAUCUAUCUAUCUUCAGUUCCUUUCUUCUUUUCAAGUCAUUUUAAUAUCUUUCUUUCUUUUUUUUUUUCUUUCUUUUCUUUUUUCUUUCAACACAUUUCAUUUUUCCAACACAUUUCGUUCUUUCAUUUUUUCUUUUCUUUCAUUUCUUUCUUUCUUUCUUUCUUUUUUUUCUUUCUUUCUUUUCUUUCAUUUCUUUAUUCGUUCUUUAUUCUUUCUUUCUUUCUUUCUUUCUUUCUUUCAACACAUUUCUUUCUUUAUUCUUUUUUUUCUUUCUUUCAUUUCAUUUCAAUCUUCCUUUCUUUCAUUUCAACACUUUCUUUUUUUUCUUUCAUUUCUUCAUUUCUUUUUCUUUCUUUCUUUCUUUUCAACACUUUCGUUCUUUUUCUUUCUUUUCUUUUCUUUUUUUCUUUUAUUCUUUCUUUCAUUUCAAUUUUUUUCUUUCUUUUUCUUUCUUUUUUCUUUUUCUUUCUUUAUUUCAUUUCAACACAUUUCGUUCUUUAUUCUUUUCUUUCUUUCUUUUUUCUUUCUUUUUUUUUUUCUUUCUUCUUUCUUUCUUUCAUUUCAACAUUUCGUUCUUUAUUCUUUCUUUCUUUCUAAUUUCAUUCUUUUUUACUUUCUUUUGUUUCUUUCUUUCAUUUCAAUUUCUUUUUUAUUCUUUUCUUUCUUUUUUCUUUCUUUCCUUGUUUCUUUCAUUUCAACACAUUUCGUUCUUUAUUCUUUCUUUCAUUUCUUUCUUUCUUUCUUUCUUUUUCUUUUCUUUCUUUCUUUCUUUCUUUCAUUUCUUUCUUUCUUUUUUCGUUCUUUAUUCUUUCAUUUCUUUCUUUCUUUCAUUUCAAUUUCUUUCUUUCUUUCUUUUCAUUUCAAAUUUCUUUCUUUCUUUUUUUUUCUUUCUUUCUUUCUUUCAUUUCAACACAUUUCGUUCUUUAUUCUUUCUUUCAUUUCAAUUUCUUUCUUUCUUUUCUUUUCUUUUUUUUUCUUUCUUUCUUUCUUUCAUUUCAACACAUUUCGUUCUUUAUUCUUUCUUUCUUUCUUUCUUUCUUUCUUUCUAAUUUCUUUCUUUCUUUCUUUCUUUCUUUCUUUCUUUCUUUCUUUCUUUUCUUUUUUCUUUCAUUUCAACACAUUUCGUUCUUUUUUCUUUCUUUUCUUUCAUUUCUUUCUUUCUUUUUUCUUUCUUUCUUUCUUUUCUUUUCUUUUUAUUCUUUCUUUUCAAUUUCUUUCUUUUCUUUUUCAUUUUCAACACAUUUCUUUCUUUUUUAAAUUCAUUCUUUCUUUCUUUUUCUUUUCUUCUUUCUUUUCUUUCAUUUCAAUUUCUUCUUUUUUUUCUUUCUUUCAUUUCUUUCUUUUCUUUCUAAUUUCAUUCUUUCUUUCUUUCUUUUCUUUCAUUUCAUUUCAAUUUUUAUUUUUCUUUCUUUCUUUUUUUUCUUUCUUUCUUUCUUUUCUUUUCUUUCUUUCUUUCUUUCUUUCUUUUCUUUUUCAUUUCACAUUUCGUUCUUUUAUUCUUUCUUUCAUUUCAAUUUCUUUCUUUCUUUUUUUUUCUUUCUUUCUUUUUCUUUCAUUUCAACUUUUUUCAUUUCUUUCUUUCUUUUCUUUUCUUUCUUUUUUUUCCUUUCAAUUUCAUUUCAAUUUCUUUCUUUCUUUCAUUUCAUUCUUUUUCUUUCAUUUCAUUUCGUUUUCUUUCUUUUUUUUUUCUUUUUCAUUUCAAUUUCGUUCUUUAUUCUUUCUUUCUUUUCUUUCUUUCUUUCUUUCUAAUUUUCAUUCUUUCUUUCUUUUCUUUUUUCUUUUUUCUUUCAUUUUUUUUCAUUUCAAUUUCUUUCUUUCUUUCUAA